AUGAUGUUUCCUUUACACCAAGGCAAGAAGCUGGUCUUCCAGACUUCAUCUAAUCCUCCCCAAAAGCACACAAUUUCAGAAGAUCGGAUUCUUGGACAUGCCAUUAGCACAGGGAAAAGCCGCCGGCGGAAAUUAGUAGCUGCUUUCAACUAUGACAUGAUUGAUCAUAAUUCGAAUGAUCACAACAAGAAGAAGAAGAUGAUGAUGCAUAGGGAAAACGAAAGACAAAGAAGGCAAGAAAUGGGUACCCUACAUGCCUCACUCAGAUCCCUACUUCCUCUUGAAUUUAUCAAGGGAAAGCGUUCGAUGUCUGACCACAUGAACGAGGCUGUGAACUAUAUAAAACACCUUCAGAGUAGGAUCAAGAGAUUAGAUGCCAAGAGAGCUGAAUUGAAGAAAUGUUCCAAUAUAAUUAGCACCACUGGCACUGACCAUGGGGCUACUACUGGAAUCUCAGAUGGGCGUUCGCCAAGCUGUUUGACUGUCCACCCAUGUUGUGGUGGAGUGCAAAUCGUGAUCAGUUCUAGGGGCUUCAGAUCUACAAAAGAUGGCUUAUCCUUAUCCUUCUCUAUCUCAAGGGUUCUGGAAGUGCUGCUUGAACAAGGGCUUGCUGUUGUUAGCUGUGUUUCCUCCAAAGGAAAUGACAGACUUCUUCAUACUAUCCAGUGCGAGGUUCGUCGUACUCUAAACUCCUAA